GAUUGGAGUUCUUGUUGGCAUUUGGGGGUCAGACAUCAAGAUGAGUUGUAAAUAUUUGGCACAUAUGGAAAAGAAAAUCUGGGAGACGUUGCUGAAUGAGAAAAAAAAUAUAAAUCGAAAUUAGGGGACACAGAAUGUUUUUGGAAUAGAGGCUAAAUGAAAUGUUCUAUCUCAGUUUCAAUGUCCUGGUGGUGUUCUUUGGAGUUUCUUAGGAGAGAGAAGAUAUGUGCAUUAGAGGUUAAGGAACUGGAUCUCAUUCCCCGGAUUCUAGGUGCAGCAGAGUUUUUCUCAGUGGAAUGCAGGGGAAAAAAACACAAUUCAUCUAGUAGAGCAUUUAGAACUCUGGUUCCUGUCUGCUGCUCCCCUGGGCCCCGGCCAGAAGACGUGUUCCAUGUGGUGAUGUAUUUCUAGCUAUAUUCUAUUUGGAGAUUUUGAAUUUAACAGCCUUCAGAUUUGGAAGCAAACUGUUACCAUUGAAAACAGUAACGAAUGCGAGAAAACAUAGAAUCCUCUUCCUGGAGCAAAGCCCACCUUCCUUAAUGAGGAGAUCUGGAUUUGGCCUUGUGGUGAUGAGUUAAUGGGCAACAAACAAAAAAUAUUCCUUGCAUAACCGCUUCAGAGGAUUUCCUCCCCGCAUGCCUGCUUACUUCUCUGCCCUGGGAGAUGAGGCUUCUCCAGGGGAGUGUUCUUUUCCGGGCAGUGAAGACUUGGGCCCAGAGGAGAAACUUGAAUGAACGCUGAGGGCCUUUGCGCACCGCCUGGGGAGCCGGUUUCCCCUUGCUAUGGAGGGCGAUUUCUAAGAUGAAUCCCCACCCGGAUGAGACCCUCAACCUAUCGACACCCGCUUCCCUGGAAGACGCCUCCCUGGGCAAUGACAGCCUGGUUGGCUCGAACCGGACAGUCAGCAAUUCCAGCUUGCCGGCCCUGGAUGUCACCAGGGCCAUCUCCGUGGGGAUCGUGCUCGGCGCCUUCAUCCUCUUCGCCAUCGUGGGGAACAUCCUGGUGAUCCUCUCCGUCGCCUGCAACCGGCACCUGCGGACGCCCACCAACUACUUCAUCGUCAACCUGGCCAUCGCGGACCUGCUGCUGAGCUUCACCGUCCUGCCCUUCUCGGCCGCGCUCGAGGUGCUGGGCUACUGGGUCCUGGGGAGGGUCUUCUGUGACAUCUGGGCGGCCGUGGACGUGCUCUGCUGCACGGCGUCCAUCCUGAGCCUGUGCGCCAUCUCCAUAGACAGGUACAUCGGCGUGCGCUACUCCCUCCGGUACCCGACCCUGGUCACGAGGCGCAAAGCGAUCCUCGCCCUGCUGAGCGUCUGGGGGUUGUCCAUGGUCAUCUCCAUCGGGCCCCUGCUCGGGUGGAAGGAGCCCGCGCCCAAUGAUGAGAAGGAGUGCGGGGUCACCGAGGAACCCUUCUAUGCCCUGUUUUCGUCCUUGGGCUCCUUUUACAUUCCGCUGAUCGUCAUCCUGGUGAUGUACUGCCGGGUCUACGUGGUCGCCAAAAAGACCACCAAGAACUUGGAAGCGGGGGUGAUGAAGGAGAUGUCCGACUCCAAGGAGCUGACGUUAAGAAUCCACUACAGAAACAUACACGAGGACACCUUCAGUAGCACCAAGGCCAAAGGGCACCAUCCCAGGAACUCCAUUUCGGUCAAACUUUUCAAGUUCUCCCGGGAAAAGAAGGCGGCCAAGACCCUGGGCAUCGUGGUCGGAAUGUUUAUCUUGUGCUGGCUGCCCUUCUUCAUAGCUCUGCCACUCGGGUCCCUGUUUUCUACCCUGAAGGCCCCCGAGGCUGUCUUCAAGGUGGUCUUCUGGCUCGGCUACUUCAACAGCUGCCUGAACCCAAUCAUCUACCCUUGCUCCAGCAAGGAGUUCAAGCGCGCCUUCACCCGCAUUCUCAAGUGCCAGUGCCACCGGCGCAAACGACUGGGCUGGUGGGCCUACAACUACCGGACGUGGAACCGAGGCUCCUUUGAGCAAUCCCGCAAGGAUUCCCUGGACGACAGCGGGAGCUGCCUCAGCGGCAGCCAGAGGACACUGAAUUCAGCCACCCCCAGCCCCGGCUACCUGAGCAAAGUCACCCACCCCCAGGUGGAGAUGUACACUUUCCAGGAGUGGAAGAGCUCCAGCACCUACCUGAGCCCUCCCCACCACGAGCCGGGGAGACCCAGGGACCCCGGACACUUCUUCACCUUCAAGUUCCUGACAGAGCACAACGGCCAUCUGGGGCUGAGCGGCCACGGCUCCUCCAGCAAUGGGGCUUGCCGAGGCUCUGGGCCCACGCUGAAUGGCCAGGCUGGCUUCAAGAGGAAUAUGCCCCUCGGGCUGAGCCAGUUUUGACAAACAGUAGUCCCUCCGUCUGGGUCCGACCCCACCGGCAGCUUCCCUGGUGGGAAGGGGAAUGGCGGGAUUGAGAGGAAGCUGACGUUCACUCUCAGUGGGGCUCUGGGGUCGGGGGAUGGUGGUGAGGGGAGUAGGGGGUUGAGGGGCAGCAGGACCAGCCUCAUUUCAGUCCUGGUCCAGCUGCCCUGGUGAGGGGCAGGACACCUGACACGUUUCCAGGGAUACCACAGAAAUCUGGGCACCAACCGUGGAAGAGACAUGAGGACUGACCGCAAAUGGUCCACCAUGCCGUGCCCCAGUCAAUAUAUACGUAUAUAUAUAAAUAAGCAUAUAUAUGUGUAUAUUAGUAGAUAUACCAUGUGUAUAUGUGUAGGGGGUGUGUGUGUGUGUGUGUGUGUGUGUGAACGUAUGUACCCUGGGGAGAUUAUGUGUGGAAACCUAAAAGGAAACGGGUGGCGCUUUGUUUUGUGAUUUUCCUUUGUUCCUCUCAGUGGUCCACGUCACCUCUGUCGAAUCCCUCCUUGUGCGUCACUGAACGUUGGCACUUUAGAGAAAACCGUCAAACAUUAAAAGUCAUUUCCCACGAGUUAA